CUAAAGCCAACACCAUUAUCCACCCAACUCACAAACACAAUUAACAAAUACAAACAAAUCCCCUCCAAAAAGCAUUCUCAUUCUUCCCUUCCCCUUCUCUCUCAAUCCUCUCUCUGCUCAGGCAAAUUAGGAAAACCCCAUUUGAACACAACAAACAAUCAGUUGAUUUUGUUGUUCUUGUUCUUCUUCUUCAAACAACUCUCCAUCAUCAUCAUCUUCUUCGUUUUUAAGAAGUUUUGCUUGCAGAAACCUGUUUUAUCUACCUGGGUUUUCCCUAAAACGCUCGCUUCCUUUCUGCCUUUGAGCUGAUCGGUUACUUCUAUAGAUAAGUGAUUGUACUCAGGAUAUUUGCUGGAUAUACAUCUUGAAGCAAAUGACAUCAGUAAGUGUAGUUCCUGCUUCUGUGAUAAGGGAUCAUGGUGGGAGUACAAUCGGUGUUGACCGGCUGCCCGACGAAAUGAAUGAUAUGAAAAUUAGGGAUGAUAAGGAAAUUGAAGCCACCGUUGUUGAUGGAAAUGGUACUGAAACGGGCCAUAUAAUUGUUACGACCAUUGGUGGAAAGAAUGGCCAACCAAAACAGACAAUCAGUUACAUGGCCGAGCGUGCUGUAGGACACGGUUCUUUUGGAGUUGUAUUUCAGGCAAAAUGUUUGGAAACUGGCGAAACAGUUGCAAUAAAAAAGGUUCUUCAGGACAAGAGGUACAAGAAUAGGGAGUUGCAGACCAUGCGUCUUCUAGACCACCCAAAUGUCGUUUCCCUGAAGCAUUGUUUCUUCUCAACGACCGAGAAGGAUGAGCUUUAUCUUAAUCUUGUUCUUGAAUAUGUCCCCGAGACUGUUCAUAGAGUGAUUAAACAUUAUAACAAGAUGAACCAAAGGAUGCCACUGAUAUACGUUAAACUCUAUUUUUAUCAGAUUUGCAGAGCUCUUUCAUACAUUCAUAAUAGUAUUGGAGUAUGCCACAGAGACAUAAAGCCUCAAAACUUACUGGUUAAUCCACACACCCACCAACUCAAGCUUUGUGACUUUGGCAGUGCAAAAGUUUUGGUUAGAGGCGAACCAAAUAUAGCUUACAUCUGUUCUAGAUACUAUCGAGCACCUGAACUCAUAUUUGGUGCGACUGAGUACACCACAGCGAUCGACAUCUGGUCAGCUGGUUGUGUUCUUGCUGAAUUAUUGCUUGGACAGCCGCUAUUUCCUGGUGAAAGCGGAGUUGAUCAGCUUGUCGAGAUAAUCAAGGUUCUAGGAACCCCAACCAGAGAGGAAAUUAAGUGCAUGAACCCUAAUUACACAGAAUUCAAGUUCCCUCAAAUUAAAGCUCAUCCAUGGCACAAGAUAUUUCACAAGAGAAUGCCUCCAGAAGCCGUGGAUCUCGUUUCAAGACUACUUCAGUACUCUCCGAACCUCCGAAGCACAGCAGUAAGUAGAAAGAUUCUAAAAUGCAGUCAAUACAUGGACCUGGGAUACCCAUUUGGGUCUAUGACUAAUUUCUGUUCCACAUUAAUACAGUUGGAGGCUUUGAUUCAUCCGUUCUUUGAUGAACUCCGUGACCCGAACACCCGUCUGCCAAACGGACGUUUCCUUCCUCCAUUGUUCAACUUCAAGGCUCACGAAUUGAAGGGAGUACCACCUGAGAUGCUCGUGAGGCUUAUUCCAGAACACGCGAGGAAACAAUGCAAUUUUCUCGGGUCGUAAAGCGGUCGGCUAGUAGUCUGAACCCUGCAGUGACACAUAAGCCUGUAGAAAGUAGUAGCUAGCGCAAUUUACAAAUGGAAGCCCUAUUAUUUGUUAUUUUCUUCCCCGUUUAAUUUGUUCCCAUGCCCCUAUUAUUUUUUUCAUAUCUAUGGCCGCCCCUAGUCGUUUUCCCUGUAGAAAUCAAGUUGAGAGAUGGUUCUGCUUGGUAUGUUCUUAAUACCUGCCCUUGAUUUGUAGUUAACAAAAAGAUUGUAAUUCCUUGUUGCAAAUGAACAUAACAUUGGAAUAUGCUUAGCAGCAAUUUUGCCACUUCAAUUACCAUGUCAUGAAGAUUUAUUCACUUUGA